AUGGAUACCGCAAUCGACCUCUCAGACGCCAGCAAGGCCCUCGACCUGGCCAACAUCCGCUUCCAACUCAUCCGCCUCGAAGACACCAUCACCUUCCACCUGAUUGAGCGCGUCCAGUUUCCCCGCAACCCCUCCAUCUACAAGCCCGGCGCCGUCAAGAUCCCCGACUGCGACUACAGCCUGCUCGAUUGGAUGAUCCGCGAGCAGGAGCGCUUCCAGUCCCUCGUGCGCCGCUACCAGUCGCCCGACGAGUACCCUUUCUUCCCAGACGCCCUGCAAGAGCCCAUCCUGCAGCCCAUCCACUACCCCCAGAUCCUGCACCCCAACGACGUCAACAUCAAUGCAAAGCUCAAACACCACUACACCGAGCACAUUCUGCCCGCCGCUUGUAUCAAUUUCGGCCGCGAAGAGCGCGGCGAGAACCAGGAGAACUUUGGCUCCGCUGCCACAUGCGACGUCGCCUGCCUACAGGCUCUGUCCCGCCGCAUCCAUUUCGGCAAGUUUGUCGCAGAAGCAAAAUUCCAGAAAGAGACGGAGCGUUUUGUCGACCUGAUCAAGCGCGAAGAUCGCAAAGGCAUUGACGAGGCCAUCACAAAUGCCGCAGUCGAGAAGCAGGUCCUUGAGCGUCUGCGACUGAAGGCAAAAACAUACGGCACAGAUCCCAGUAUUUCGGCCGGCGAGGCCGCAGGGGCUGGCAAGAUCAAUGUGGAUGCCGUCGUUGCCAUGUACAAAGACUAUGUCAUCCCUCUGACGAAAGAAGUAGAGGUCGACUACCUCAUGCAACGUCUCAAGAAUACAAAAUGGGAGUAA